AUGUCGGCCCCUGCAGUGUCUCCUCCCGUGUCGGCCCCUGCAGAGUCUCCUCCCGUGUCGGCCCCUGCAGUGUCUCCUCCCGUGUCGGCCCCUGCCGAGUCUCCUCCCGUGUCGGCCCCUGCAGUGUCUCCUCCCGUGUCGGCCCCUGCAGAGUCUCCUCCCGUGUCGGCCCCUGCCGAGUCUCCUCCCGUGUCGGCCCCUGCAGUGUCUCCUCCCAUGUUGGCCCCAGCAGAGUCUCCUACCGUGUCGGCCCCUGCAGAGUCUCCUCCCGAGCCGGCCCCUGCAGAGUCUCCUACAGUGUUGGCCCCUGCAGAGUCUCCUCCCGUGUCGGCCCCUGCAGAGUCUCCUCUCGUGUCGGCCCCUGCAGUGUCUCUUCUCGUGUCGGCCCCUGCAGUGUCUCCUCCCAUGUCGGCCCCAGCAGAGUCUCCUACCGUGUCGGCCCCUGCAGAGUCUCCUCCCGUGUCGGCCCCUGCAGAGUCUCCUCUCGUGUCGGCCCCUGCAGUGUCUCUUCCCGAGCCGCCCCCUGCAGAGUCUCCUACAGUGUCUGCCCCUGCAGAGUCUCCUCCCGUGUCGGCCCCUGCAGAGUCUCCUCCCGUGUCGGCCCCUGCAGAGUCUCCUCCCGAGCCGCCCCCCUGCAGAGUCUCCUACAGUAGUCUCCUCCCGUGUCGGACCCUGCAGAGUGCCUCCACGGCCGGGCUUCGGGCUGCCCACCAGAGCUCCUUCCUCACCACGGUUGGGCUCAAAGCCGCCCACCUGAGUUUUGCCUCCGACGUGGCCGAAUCCACGGCCACCCUCCAGAGCCCCUUCUUCGUCUGUGUUGGGUCCCUGGGCGCCCACCUGAACUGUCUGAACCAUUUAGAUGUGCCUAGGGUCAUCUAA